GCUGGCUUCUCACUGAUUUAAAACUUAAGCCACGAAAUCGGACCAUUUAGAGGAAACCACCUGGGAUCUUUCUGUUCUUCCAAGUUCCAGUCACAGGGGCAAGGUUAUUUCUGUCCUCGCAGUCAAAUUUCACUGAUUCUGAGACUGGAAAUUAAAAAAUGAAAGGAGAAACGAUCUUUUGCUUUUCCAGAUGAAAAUAUCUGCUUGCUCAGGGUUUGGAUAAAACCAAAAAGGUAAGUUGGACUAGGAAAGGAAGAAAACUGAAGCAAAGGGUUUCCUUCAUUCACGAGCAGCAUAUUAUCGCCUUCACCGCCAUCUCAACUUAUAAAAAGCUCAGCAAAACCCCCCAAAUACUCACUUGGUGGGUGAAGCUUCACGGACUUGUGACCGUCUUUUAUCUCUUUCUUCACCCACCACCACCACCACCACCGUCACAUCCAUUGGUCCUAAUCGAGCCACGUCAAAGGCACACUCUUCUCUCUGUGUUCGAUCUGACACAGGUUUUUCUCUUUAUGUCCUGAGAUGAUAAGCUGAGAGAGUUAGGCCUAUUGAAGUUUUGAAUGGAUCGGUCGGCGAUCACCGUUGGACCGGGGAUGGAUUUGCCGAUUAUGCACGACAGUGACCGCUAUGAGCUCGUGCGUGAUAUUGGGUCUGGAAAUUUUGGGGUCGCGAGGCUCAUGAGGGACAAGCAAACAGACGAGCUCGUUGCUGUGAAGUAUAUAGAGAGGGGUGAUAAGAUAGAUGAAAAUGUGCAAAGGGAAAUCAUAAAUCACAGAUCACUUAGGCACCCCAAUAUUGUCAGGUUCAAGGAGGUCAUAUUGACACCAACACAUUUGGCUAUUGUGAUGGAAUAUGCUUCUGGAGGAGAGCUAUUUGAACGAAUAUGCAAUGCUGGGCGUUUCAGCGAGGAUGAGGCUCGUUUCUUUUUCCAGCAACUUAUUUCAGGGGUUAGCUACUGUCAUGCAAUGCAAGUAUGCCACCGAGACUUGAAGUUGGAGAACACACUACUGGAUGGUAGUCCAGCUCCUCGUUUGAAGAUAUGUGAUUUUGGGUACUCCAAGUCCUCUGUGCUACAUUCACAACCAAAAUCGACAGUUGGUACUCCAGCUUAUAUCGCUCCAGAAGUUUUGCUUAAGAAGGAGUAUGAUGGCAAGAUUGCAGAUGUAUGGUCUUGUGGGGUGACCUUAUAUGUCAUGUUGGUGGGUGCGUAUCCUUUUGAGGACCCAGAGGAACCUAAAAAUUUCCGCAAGACAAUACAUAGGAUUUUGAAUGUUCAAUACUCAAUUCCUGACUAUGUUCAUAUAUCACCCGAAUGCCAGCAUCUCAUCUCAAGGAUAUUUGUUGCUGACCCUGCAAAGAGGAUAACCAUCCCCGAGAUCAGAAACCAUGAAUGGUUUCUAAAGAACCUUCCGGCUGAUCUUAUGGAUGAUCAUUGUACAAUGAACAACCAGUUUGAGGAGCCUGAUCAGCCAAUGCAGAGCAUAGAGGAAAUCAUGCAAAUAAUUGCUGAGCUACUUCCUGCAGCUGGAACUCAGUCUCUCAACAACUAUCUUACUGGUAGCUUAGAUAUUGAUGAUGAUAUGGAGGAGGACCUGGAGUCUGAUCCUGAUCUCGACAUUGAUAGCAGUGGAGAAAUAGUCUAUGCAAUGUAAUUCUGACUUUUAACUUCUGGUUGAAAAUUUGGGAAGUGUUUAGAAAGUGCAGGAAAUGUUCAGAAAGCAAAGUGCGGGAAAUGUUCAGAAAGCUUUCACUUCCUUGGAGGAAGGAUUUCCAUGGUUGGGUUUCCCUUAUAAAAGAGAACCCAUCCUGAAUUUCCUUAUUAUGUGCCGCUGUUGGAAUUGGCAUGUUUUCUCCUUUAUUAUUAUUGCUUCAUGAAUUGAUGUUCCUCA